AUGUCUAGUUGUAUCAAGAAUUCUUUUCCUCUGCACAGCUUUUUGAAAAAUCUGCAUCUCUGUUGGUUCCAGUCGGCUGCUCGUCGUUCAGUACACCGACAGGCAGCGUGGCCAUGGGCCUCGUCGCGACCUCUACGGCGCGUUGCAUAUAUUUCUUUGGGCAGUAACUUUGGUGGAUCUAAGCGUCUCCGCACCAUAGAAAGUGCUCUUACAACUGUUCGGGAAGAAGUGGGCCCACUCGAUGCCUGUUCUUGCCUGUACGAGUCCUUACCAGGCUACGAUAUUGACCCGCGAAGCAAAGAAGAGCACAACUUGAGUAUUCCUCUCCAUCUGAACGCAGUAAUCCGCGUGAAGACAGACAUCGCAGAUCCUCAUCGAAUCCUGGACAUUCUUCUUGACAUUGAAGCCCGGCAUGGAAGAGAUCGGUCGAGCACCGAUGAACGGCUGCACAGAACGUUAGAUCUUGAUCUCUUGCUUUUUAAAAAUGAAAAUGCAGAAAGCAUUCUCGUAAAUGCGGAACAGCUGACACUUCCUCAUCCACGUCUCGCUCAGCGAAACUUCGUUCUGUUUCCGCUAUGCGACAUCGAUCCUGACCUGAUGCACCCGACUGAGGGACAAACAGUCAAAGAGUUAGUACUGCGGAAUCUUAAGCGCAGAGAAGAAGCUUUGCAGCAGUCUUUAGCUAACCACUCUUCUUGUGGAAAUGACAAUAUAAACGGGAGUGCUGCACCGUACACUCUGGAUGGCAACCUAGCUGUCCCGCGUAGAUGCUUUGCGCCUAACGACAAAGAACUGUGGACUGUGAAGGGCUCAAAAGCAGCCAUUACAGACACAUUGCGAUGGAUUGGAGAGGUCAUGCAAAGGUAUCGAUUCAACAGUGCAGGCAAACAAGAGCAGGCGGAGCCAGAAUUUGUGGAGUCCCUUUGCCACCUGAAGCGGCUUCUGGAAAAUGAACCGCAAACCCCCAGGCUAAUGGGAGUGCUCAACAUUACUCCCGAAUCUUUUAGUGACGGUGGAAAGUACUAUGGGAAUGUGGAGGCUGCACUAGGACAUGCACGAAAUCUGGUGGCUGAUGGGGCACAUAUAAUUGAUGUUGGCGGAGAAGCAACAAACCCCAAUGUUCAAGAGGAGAUUCCUGUGGAGAAGGAAACCGAGAGGGUGCUGCCAGUCAUUGAGGCUAUUCGAAAACAUGUUGGUGCUGGUGCGGUCAUAUCCGUUGACACGAGGCGGAAACCAGUUGCACAUGCUGCGGCAGCCUUUGGCGCCGACAUGGUCAACGACGUCAGUGGAGGUGUGUCUGACCCAAAUCUCCUCAGCUUUGUGGCAUCCAGAGGGCUUCCUUUUGUCAUUAUGCAUUCGCGAGGAACACCUAAAUCCAUGGACAGCUUGGCAAACUACGAAAACACAGUAGAUGAGGUUGCAAGAUUUCUUACGGAGAAGGCCAUACUGGUUAUGCAAAUGGGUCUCCCCAGGUGGCGGCUAAUUCUUGAUGCGGGAUUGGGUUUUGCAAAAACUCCGGAACACUCUUUCGAGAUUUUAAGGAGCCUCAGAGAGCUCCAAGCCAAAAUACCAAAUGGCAUACCUAUACUCAUUGGGCAUUCACGGAAGAGGUUCAUUGGCGCAGCAAUCAAAAACUUUCACUGCCCAACGACUGUCAAGCUCGGAGAGGCACGUAAUUCAGAUAGAGAUAAACAAAUGGGAGACCGUGAUAUCGCUGGGCUCGCAGUAGCCUGCUGGUCGGCAAUGUGCAACUGUGUCGACAUACUGAGAGUCCAUGACGUCAAAAAAACAGCUCUUGUUUGCUCCGUUAUGGAAAUGUUAGUUGCUCAGCACGCUUCAGACCCCGCAGUGGACUUCUGCGCUCUGUUCCCCGGGUGCCCAUGCCCUGAAAUUGGCACCCCCGUAUGGAGGCCCAUAGCCCAUUACAGACAGCUGAGUGCAGUGCUCUGCUCCGGACUACGACAGGGUGAUGGACGAGCCACCCCGAGCGCCUGCCAGGUAAGUUUAAUUAGCCUCUCUGUGUUACCCUCCACCCCAUCGGAGCGCGAACCGCGGAUAGGUAUGCAGUCAUACCUUUAA